UUUCAAUGCUAACCGUUAGUGUUUUUAUUCAAAUUAAAAAUGAUAUGAUUGUUUAAAACUUAAUAUGACGAAAUUAAACUUUCUAGCGAUAAUAUGUGUUUCAAUUGGCGCUUUUAUAGCACAAGUGACCUGCCAGCCAUCGAAUCUUCAAAUCAUACAGUCACCAUCGGCAUGUUCCGGAACGUCGUCAGAUCCUGAUAAAGUCUUCGUCAAUGCUUCCUGUGGUAAUGGUCAUGUCGUUGCCAUCAAACAUGUAACAGUGGGUUCCAAAUUACAAUCUACAGGUUGUCCUAGAUACUACGACGAUAUGCACAACUUUUCUGUUUGCUGUACAUAUGACCAAGCAAAUGACUGUCUGUUCCCAUUUUAUUUCGAAACUUUAACUUAUCAUGAAGGCUGUAACGGACGACAGAAUUGUUACUUGGGAGUACAGAAUCAAAAUACUGACGCGAGUUGUACAGGAAAUCUUACUACUUUAAGUCGUUACAUGUUCAUUGAUUACUACUGCAUAGAGGACGAUAAAAUGUUAGAGUUGUGUUCCGCCACGACAUCUACAAUAACAAGAGAGAACACUACAGUCUACAUUUGGAACAAAGAUUUUGAGGUUUCGUCCAUCAGUCCGUCUGACCCAAGCUGCAACUGUUCCGUGGAGAUAGACAACUGUGAUGCUUAUAUUGAUAUCUAUAAAAUGUACAGCAUAUUAACGGGAAACGGGUAA